AAAUAAAAAAAAACACAAAAACCUCCCCAAAAAAAAAAAAGUCUCCACCAUCACCAUGCCUUCGCAGUUAACUCAAGAAGAACGAUCCGAUCUCGCUUCAUCGAUCGCCGAGUUCCACACAUACCACCUCGGUCCCGGAAGCUGCUCCUCCCUCCACGCGCAGCGAAUCCACGCGCCUCCCGAGAUCGUCUGGUCCGUCGUCCGCCGCUUCGACAAGCCGCAGACCUACAAGCACUUCAUCAAAUCCUGCUCUGUCGACAAAGACUUCGAGAUGCGCGUCGGAUGCACGCGCGCCGUCAACGUGAUCAGCGGCCUGCCGGCGAACACCUCGACGGAGAGGCUCGACAUACUCGACGACGAGAGGAGGGUGACGGGGUUCAGCAUCAUCGGGGGAGAGCACAGGCUGACGAAUUACAAGUCGGUGACGACGGUGCACAGGUUCGAGAAGGAGGGGCGGAUCUGGACGGUGGUGUUGGAGUCGUACGUCGUGGAUAUGCCGGAGGGGAACACGGAGGACGAUACGCGGAUGUUCGCGGAUACGGUGGUGAAGCUUAAUCUCCAGAAGUUGGCGACUGUUACUGAAGCUAUGGCUAGGAACGCCGGCGGCGGAAGCGGUUCUCAGGUGACCUGAAAGAAAAAACGAAACAAAUUAUAAAUAUUUGGAAAGAAAAUGGGAAAAUGAAAUUUGUUUUUUUUUUUGUUUUUACUUUCUGAAUUACCUUUUCGGGAAAUGUUUAUUUACGCUGCUUCAUAUAAGAAGAUUCUACUCUUUUGUCUGUUUUAACCUUAGUUUACAGUUUGACCUUGAUAUCUUAAGGUUACUUUGGACAUUUACCAUUGUGGAUAAGUAGGAAUCUUUCCUUUUUGGGUAGGUAUAUGUUCUUUGAUAGUCAGUUAAAAUUUCAGUCCACGCAAUAAAACUGUCGUAAAAACAAUACGAAAAAGGUAACUUUUUAAAAAUAAAAAUAGAUUGUCUCAAAUUAGGAUUCUUGUGAUUUUUUUUUUGUAUUUAUGGUUUGUUAUAACUUUAUCAAAGUAUCGUAAUAAGAUUUUCACGUGUAUUUUCUCUGUUUGGGUAAAAGAUUGA